GCGGUCCAGUCCCGUCGAGUGGCUCUGAGACGCUGCAGAGGAGGACGCAAGGAAAGUAGAGAGCCACCAGAACUAUGCAAUCACAAAAACACACUCGUCUCUAUGGACUGUAAAAUGAAAAUAUCACACAUCCUCCACUUGGAUUGGAAGAAACAACACAUGCGACUCUGAUGACCAACACAAUAACGGAAUUCACUUUUUGGAGUUUGGGAGUUCACUCCGAAAUAAUCUUUUGGCGUUUCAAGCAACAGUUUGUAAAUAUCGCUGAGACAGAACGACUAUCCCCUAGCCAUCCUUCAAGAUGGAGGAGGAACAGUGCUUCUACAAUGAGUCCAUUGCCUUCUUCUACAACCACAGUGGAAAGUACCUGGCUACAGAGUGGAAUACCGUCAGUAAGCUGGUGAUGGGGCUGGGUAUCACAGUAUGUAUCUUCAUCAUGCUGGCUAACUUGCUGGUCAUGGUGGCUAUAUACGUCAACCGCCGCUUCCACUUCCCUAUUUACUACCUGAUGGCCAACCUGGCGGCCGCGGACUUCUUUGCCGGCCUGGCGUACUUCUACCUGAUGUUCAACACGGGCCCGAACACGCGGCGCCUCACGGUCUCCACGUGGCUGCUCCGACAGGGUCUCAUCGACACGUCCCUCACGGCGUCCGUGUGUAACCUCCUUGCCAUCGCCAUCGACCACAUCACCGUUUUCCGCAUGCAGCUACACACGCGCAUGUCCAACCGGCGUGUGGUGGUGGUGAUUGUCGUCAUCUGGACCUUGUCUAUCGUCAUGGGAGCCAUCCCGUCGGUAGGGUGGAACUGUAUCUGUGACAUCGGCACGUGUUCUAGCAUGGCUCCGCUGUACUGUAACUCCUACCUGGUGUUCUGGGCCGUAUUCAACCUGGUCACCUUCCUGGUCAUGGUGGUGCUGUACGCUCACAUCUUUAUGUACGUGAGACAGAGGACCAUGAGGAUGAGCAGACACAGCUCUGGGCCACGCAGGAACAGAGACACCAUGAUGAGUCUGCUGAAGACUGUCGUCAUCGUAUUGGGUGCGUUCAUCGUGUGCUGGACGCCAGGCCUGGUUCUCAUCCUCCUCGAUGUGUUCUGUGCCAACUGUAACGUCCUGGACUUUGAGAAGUUCUUCCUGCUCCUGGCUGAGUUUAACUCCGCCAUGAACCCCAUCAUCUACAGCUACCGGGACAAGGAGAUGAGCGCCACCUUCAAGCAGAUCCUGUGCUGUCAGCGCCAGGAGAACGUUAACGGGACGGCAGCCGAGGGCUCUGACCGCUCAGCGUCCUCCAUCAAUCACACCGUGCUGAGUGGAGGGAAACAAAACAAUGAUCACUCAGUGGUGUGAGGAGAGGAGAGGGGCUGGAGACAGGAGGAGAGGGGCUGGAGACAGAAGGAGAGGGGCUGGAGACAGAAGGAGAGGGGCUGGAGACAGGAGGAGAGGGGCUGGAGACAGAAGGAGAGGGGCUGGAGACAGGAGGAGAGGGGCUGGAGACAGAAGGAGAGGGACUGGAGACAGGAGGAGCGGGGAGGGGCUGGGGCUGCAGAGAGGAGGAGAGGGACUGGGGCUGGAGACGAGAGGAGAGGAGAGGGACUGGGGCUGGAGACGAGAGGAGAGGAGAGGGACUGGGGCUGCAGAGAGGAGGAGAGGGACUGGGGCUGGAGACGAGAGGAGAGGAGAGGGACUGUGGCUGGAGCUAGGGUGAGAGGAGAAGGACUGGGGCUGGAGACAGGAGGAGAGGAGAAGGGCCGGAGCUAGCAGAAGAGGAGCUGGAGACAGGAGGAGAGGACUGGGGCUAGAGACCAGAGGAGAGUGGGCUGCAGUGUGGAGCCCAGCCCAGGGGUGGCCAGGAGAUGAGUGGGGGGACGAGGGCAGGCUGGGGCCACGGAGGUGGGUGGCCAGGAGAUGAGUGGGGGGACGAGGGCAGGCUGGGGCCACGGAGGUGGGUGGCCAGGAGAUGGACAAUUGGACCUACUAUAAUUGACCAGGGUGUUGCCAUGGAGACGGGUCGGAACAGAGGGCAGAUUCAUUGCAAGACUCUUAUUGGUUGUUAGUUAUUUGUUUUCUAUUUUGUUAAAGUGUUGACACCACAUGAACUAUUUAAAGACUUUAAUGUAUGAUGAUGUGAAGGACUUACCUGCCUGCAGAAGCUCUCUGUAUCCCCCCUCUCUCUGACUAAACUUCUUAACUAGCAUUAUAAACACAUUACCAUCACAA